AUGGAUCUUGAAGUUUAUUUAAAUCGUUCCCAUUUCGCGGUCCCACACGGCGGCUACUUGAUACUCACCUGUCACCCGUUCCUUCCUCUCUUUGCAGUCUGCUGCUCUGUGGCCCUCAGCUGGGCCAACGAAUGGGGCUACCCGGACUUGGACAACAAUCAGGAUGAGCCCUUUCCAAAAUGGGGCGGUCUUUGCGAUAGUGGCAAGAAGCAAAGCCCCAUCAAUCUGCAUGUCAAGGGGUCUCUGAAGGGCGAGUUUGAUCCUCUGAAGUUCGAGAACUACGAUGAGCAUCAGAAAAAUCUGCUAAUGGUCAACAAUGGACAUUCAAUUCAACUUUCUGGCUUCGAUCACGAACUGACCUUGAGUGGUGGCGCCCUGCUAAAUGACUUCGUGGUGGAGCAGAUCCACAUGCAUUGGUGGUCGGAGCACACGAUCAACGACAUCCGGUAUCCGCUGGAAGUGCACAUCGUGCACCGGAAUACCAUCUACCCCAACAUGACCAUGGCCGCGAACUUCAAAGAUGGCAUUGUGGUCAUCGGAGUGCUGUACCAUGUGUCCAAUACGCCCAACGAGGCCAUCGGCAGCAUUAUCAAGAGUCUGGGUGCCGUGAAGAGCUACGAUAGCAUGAACAAGCCUGCCCUGGUGGCAGACUCCCUGGCCGUCGAUGAUCUGGUGCCCAGUGUGGAGAGCUACUUCACGUAUGCUGGCUCCCUGACGACGCCCACCUGCGCCGAGGCCGUCACCUGGAUUGUGCUCACCCAGACCUUCCCGGUGACCCUGGACCAGGUCAACGAGUUCAAGGAGAUCGAGUACGAGGAGGGCAAGCAGUUGCACAACAACUUCAGGGAGCUGCAGAGCGAGAACAACCGAGCAGUCGUCCUGGUCGAGCAGCCCGAGGAUCGAUCGGGAGCAGCUGGACUCACGGCCUCCGUAUCCCUGACCCUAAUGACCCUAAUGCUGGCGGGCCAGAAGUACCUGCUGUAGAUUUAAGAUGGACAUCGCAGAGAGAGCAGCCAAUGACAUACUCGUACCAAAGAAUCAAUCGUUACAAUACAACGAAUUUGUUUAUAUAACUAUAACUAUAUCAUAACAAUCAAACAAACAACCGGCGACACAGGAGAGCAACGUCAGACCAGACAAUUUAUACUCAUUAAUUGUAAUGCAGAACAAAACAAGAACAACAAUUCAGCUAGUCAGUUUGUCUAAAGUUCAUUAAGUGCAAAGAUCACAGAUAAAUAAAUGAAACAUUUUACAAGCAA